GAGAGCCGUAUCGACUUUUGGUUGGUACAGAAUAUGUUGUUGGACGCAAGAGCUGUGCAAUUUUAAUUCAGAAUGAUCAAUCAAUCAGUAGAAAUCAUGCAGUACUGAUGGUCAGUCCUCCUGAAUCUAACGUUAGUCAAUCAGUUACAGUCCCUGUUUUGACAGUAAAAGAUACUUCUAAAUAUGGUACCUUUGUUAAUGGAGAAAAAUUAUUGAGUGAAACUUCAAAAACUUUAAAGUCAGGUGACAGAGUCAAUUUUGGAGUCUUCGAAAGCAAGUUUAGAAUAGAAUAUGAACCUUUGAUUGUCUGCUCCUCCUGUUUAGACGUCUCUGGAAAAACUGCUUUAAACCAAGCCAUUCUGCAGCUUGGAGGCCUUGUAGUGAAUGAAUGGACAGAAAAAUGCACUCACCUGGCUAUGGUAUCAGUGAAAGUUACUGUGAAGACUAUAUGCGCUCUGAUUUGUGGUCGACCAAUUAUAAAGCCAGACUACUUUGUUGAAUUCAUCAAAUCUGUUCAGGCCAAGCAACAGCUGCCAACACUAGAAAGCUUUUAUCCUCCAGUUGAUGAGCCCUCUAUUGGCACUGAAAAAGUGGAUCUGUCUAUGCGUCAUGAAAGAAAAACAAUCUUUAGAGGGAAAACCUUUAUGUUCCUAAAUGCUAAGCAGCACAAGAAACUGAGUCCAUCUGUUAUUCUUGGAGGGGGAGAAGCAAAACUUAUGACAGAAGAGAGAAAAGACAUUUCUUUACUGGUAGCUCCUAAUGUUUGUGUCAUUGAUGUAGGAUUAACAGACUCUCAGGCCCUAGCAUCUGAGUCUGCAGGAAAUUGGAUUCAUUCUGUUAUGACAGUGCUACAAAGCAAGGAUCUCAGGCCUAUUCCAGAAGCAGAGAUCGGAUUAGCAGUUAUCUUUGGGUCCACAGAAAGAUAUUGUAAUCCUCAAAAACAAACUGUGACAGUUAUAAAGCCAGCUACUCCUGCAGCAAACCUUCCCAGAUCCUCCAUUUCUCAAAGUUUGAUAGUAGAGGAAACAGUGCCUACUGCUACAAAUAAUGACUCUGUAUACGUAGCUGAUACAGAACCAGAAGAACUGACAGACUCACGCAUGGAGAUGGAUAAAACACAAAUGAACAGAAAAGGCCAAACAAAUGUACUGGAUAUAGCUACUGUAAAAGAGACUCCCAACACAAGUGGCAAUGCAAAUAUGGGGGUUUUAUUCUCCAGGAUUGAUAAAAUACCCAAGUUUGACCAAAAAAGCUUGUCACUCGCACCUUUCAGAACUUCAGAAGUUGGUAAAAAUAGAGAUCAAGCAUCACAGCAACAGCUGAACUCAAUAAAAAAUUACUUCCAGCCAGCUACAAAGAAAAGGGAAAGGAAGGAAGAAGAGGAAGAAGUUUCUUCUGUGCCUAAACUGGCAAAGUUGGAAGACAUGUCACUGCCUUCUUCCAGUCAUACCCAACCCAUAACUUCCUCAACAUGGAAAAGUAAAAUAGAACAGCCUCAAAAAGAGCAAUAUACCCUAGACCCAAAAACAAAUCUUUUACUUACAGAAACGGGUAUAAAGUGUGCAACAGAAAGUAGAAAAUCAGAGAGUGAUAAAAUUGCUGCUAAAAAUAUUUCCAGUACAAAGCCUGUAUCAAAUAAGAGAAAAGAACAAGAUGACUUAAUAGAAAAUACGGAUACCCUAGAGUUUGUGUUUGGGAGUAAACAUCUAGAUUGGGAAGAUAACACGGAGGAUCCUGGUGUUGAGCCUCAAGCCAACACACAGAAAAAAAGGCGGCUGGAAACUGAUGAGAACAGAAUUGAAAAAGAAAAUGUAACAAGAAAUGAAGGCAGUAGAAUAUUGAGCCCUGACAAACUUCAUGAUGAUUCUCACAGUUUGCCCAGCAAACUCCUGUUGACUGAGUUUAGAUCACUGGUUGUCAGUCAUCCAAAACCAAAUGCUCAAAUCACUGCAAAAAACAAUUAUGGGGAACUGAAAAACUACAAGAAAUUCAAAAAGGUAGCUUAUCCUGGAGUAGGACAGCUUCCACACAUUAUUGGAGGAUCUGAUCUUAUAGCUCAUAAUGCCAAAAGGAAUUCAGAGUUAGAAGAAUGGUUAAGGCAGGAAAUGGAGGAACAGAAUCGGCAUGAAAAAGAGGAAUCACUUGCAGAUGAUCUCUUUCGAUAUGAUCCUCAUGUGAAAAGGAGAAGAUAAGCUUGAGUUCAUGAUGAAUCCACAGCAAAAUAUGUUUUGCCGCCACUUACCAAUAUGUUUACUGGCUACCAUUUGUCAUAUGUAUGGAGAGUUUAAACUACAUAUUGUGAAACUUGUUUUUAAGCCCUGCUUUUAUUAAAAAACAGAUAAAAAUAAGUUUCAUUGUUCAGUGCUUAUGAUUUCUGGACUUCUGGGUUCAAGAACUUAAAAUCCCUUUGCUUUAGAGCAAUGUUCUUUAAACCAUCCUGGAUAUUUUAGGUUUCACUUCAAGUUGUUACUUUCCAAUUGCACAGCAACAGGUGUUAGUUACAGUUUAUUUUGAAAAAAGAAAUUAUUGGUAAUUCAUCUGACUCCAUUUUAAAAACAGCCAACUUGAUUUGUUUAGCCCUGUACUGUAGUGAUUACUUGCCCUGCGAUAGGCUUGUGUGAAUGGUGUAUAAAUAAAG